ACACCCAAUGUUUUUAUGUUGAAACUCUGAAUUCCUCAAGGAAACAACAGGCGGAAGAAACCUCUUCUACUUCCAUCCUCUCCUAUUAUUCAAUUUAAAAGAAUCUACCAUGCCACUAGGUCGAAAUAAGAAUAGGAUGGGAGUUUCGAAUGCGGAUAGCUCUUCGAGGUCCUGGCACUUAGCAGGAGGGUCAAGAUACACAUGGCUUUUACUUCAGAAGCCUGUAGCAAAUUUUUUCACGAUAAAUCAAGUGACUUAAGUACCAAAAGUUUGUUCUAAUUAUAGACAUCCAUAUAAUAGCAUUUUAGGCCAUUCUGUCUCUUUUAAAUCCCAGGGGUCUUUCAGUGGAAAAGAUACGCGAUUUCAAAUUGCCCUCAUUGGUUCGAGAUUGCGGAACUGCGACCUGAAAACUGGAUUGCAAGUAAGGUUUGCCUUUUUCCCAAUAUUGAAUUAGCCCCUAACAAAUUAUAGGAAACUUUGGUCCUUCAUCGAAGCUCGCAAUCGACAUGUUACUGGGCGGCUCCAAACAGCCUAUAGACAAAAAAAUUCCAAACGGAUGUUUAGAUGUAUUUUGUGUGUCAAAUACAACUUACGAGGAGUUUGCGGAGAAAGGUAACAUUGAGAUGGUCCAGAAGAGUGGUAUUCCUGAACUACGUCGCUUCUGCCGCAAAAUUACCGCCAGUGCUCAACUUCAGCAGGCACUUCAUUUCAUGCGGUCAAGGCUACCAAGUCUUUUCAAUUCCAUUGAAAUCUGGACUGAAUCCACCCAUGCCCUGGCUCAAGUUCACAAAGCCGACAAAGGGACAUCAAUUAUGGACGGCCAUGAGCGUUGCAGGAAUGAGAUCGGUGAUCAAAAUAAUCCAUAAAUCCAGCUCUGGCGUUAUCAAUUGGGAGGAGAGGGGGGUUGGGGGGAUAGGCAGUUGCAUUGGUUAUGAAACAUCAUGGAAAGUUCCGAGAUGUCUUACGAAGUGACAUAUUCCGUUUCUUUAGUGAGUUACCCUAAAUCAUGAACUAGGUGUAUCCUAUUAAGUUCAGGAAGAUAAGAGCAGUAUACAGUGGGAAGGAAAUGCUGCAAGUAAGGUGCGUGAAUUUUCUCAUGUAAGCAAACAUUUGAUAUUCUCUUAAAAUGGUUCUGACAAAGGAUAGUGGCAUUUUCGUAUGAAUUCCCAUUCUUACAUAACUACUAGAGAAGAUAACUAAUAUGUCUGAGAUUCAAUAGAAUCAUAUAAGGCAUGGUGUAGAAAUAACGGAAAACACGAAGCUGGAACGAGAGGUUAUGUCAAUUGGAAUGCGGAAAUGAUUGAAAGGAUGAGAAUCGACUUAAAGAGUAAAUGGGCACUGUUGGAAGAGAAAAUAACGACGAGCAUGAAGAGUCUCCUAGAGGAAGUCAACAACCAACUGCGCGGCUUGCGAGCUUGUAUUGAAGGCGAGAUAACCCAAAUUAUCCAUCCAUUGAACCAUCAUGAAAGGCAGAUGAAGCUGACAGCCCGGAAAUAGAACAAAACGCUUCAACUACAAUGCAAUAUGGAAUCAACUUUCGCAUACAAGACUUGGAAUAUCAAUUCAGUCUUAUUGAGCAGAAAUUUGCGAGACUUUUAAGGUAUCAUAUCAUAUACGCCUACUUUUGUGUCGCCUUUCUUAUUUCUUUUUCACAAUAGAACAAUACGGCAAUAUGUUGAGGAACCAAAUGCCUCAUCUUUCAUUGCUACGGAAAUGAUGCCGGCUUAUCGUGAAGCCUGCAGUCAAGGAGGUAGAUAUUCUGUCCCAGUCCAGAUGAUCCGUCACUCCCAUAGUAACCAAAAAAAAAUAGGCAAGGGCAUGCACGUGCGUCAAAUAUCGAUCAUCACAAAUCAUACCUCCAACGGCACUAUAUUUCAUAACAUAUCAGCAAAAAUGCGUAAAGAGAUGAUUAAUAUAAUCGACGAUGAAUUUGGCAAGCUCAAAGGGGAAGUGGACGACACUUUUGAUUUAAUAGGUAAGGACAUUGAAAUGGCAGUUGCUGAAAAACCGCAGUCAUCAAGUCACGCUCUUAGUCCCGAAGCCAAGAAAUUGAUAGACCGACUUGCCAAAAACUUACUAAGUUGAGAAUGAGGUAUGUAUGAUGAUAUCAUGGCUACCCAGCAGCAUGUGGCGGGUGUCUAAAGAACCGGCGCGAUGUGAAUAUCAAGUAGAAUUCCUAGUCAAUCAUAGAGUUCCGCGAGAAUCUAUUGUAUAUCGAUAUACAGUAGGGCAUUAGCACUUCAACAACAACAAAAACAACAAAUCCAUUUAAACUGUGCGAUGAGGGGCGAGAUUAUGCAGUAUGAGGAGUCGCCGGUUAUUUCGACUAGAUUCAGGGGUAGAAACUUAUCAACUAGCAAGUUAUU